AAAAGUUUAGUUACUGUGCGCAGGCGCGCUGGGAAGAUGGCACCUGCCGCUGCGUUCCGGGGCCGUUGGCCAAGUGUCAGUGCGCUGUCGGGGCUGCUCUCGACGCUGCUGUGGCUGCUGGCGGCGACUCGGCCGGCGCUCGCCCUGACGGAGCAGUACCCGUCGUUGUCGCUUCUUAGGCAGGAGCCGCGCCGUCAGCAGGGCCAAGGGAGCAGAGGCUGCCCGGAGUUCCUGGCAGCUGAGUGGGGAGGAGAACAGUACUCGGCGGCCGUAGCCGGCGAUUGUGAUUCUUCUUUUUGGCACUUUCAUGACUCAGACUGUGAACUACAAAGGUCUCCCUCUUGUGAAUCCCUGCUUUCCCUCAAUACUGAAAAACUUUUGAGCCAAGCAAAGUCACUUGCGGAACAAAAAAGAUUUCCAUUUGCCACAGAUGAUGACAAUACCAAUGAAGAAUUAGCUAUUGCUUAUGUAUUGAUUGGCAGUGGCCUUUAUGAUGAAGCUGUGCGGCACUUCUCCACAAUGCUCCAGGAGCAACCAGAGCUUGUUAGUGCAAUUUAUGGACGAGGGAUAGCAUAUGGAAAGAAAGGGCUGCAUGAUAUAAAAAAUGCAGAGCUAGCUUUGUUUGAGCUGAGCAGAGUCAUUAGUCUGGUCCCAGAUCAAGCUGAAGUGUUUGAGCAGCGAGCAGAGAUACUGUCACCUCUGGGUCAAAUGAGUGAAGCGCUGGCUGACCUCACUAAAGCUAUUCAGCUAAAACCCUCUGCACGACUUUACCGACACAGAGGUACUCUUUACUUCAUAUCUGAGGACUAUUCAAGUGCCCAUGAAGACUUUCAGAACUCCCUUGAACUAAACAAAAACCAGCCUAUAGCUAUGCUUUACAAAGGUUUAACAUUUUUUCACAGAGGACUUCUAAAGGAAGCUAUUGAAUCAUUCAAAGAAGCCCUUAAGCAGAAAGCAGAUUUUAUUGAUGCAUAUAAAAGUCUGGGGCAGGCCUAUCGAGAGCUUGGUAACUUUGAAGCUGCUACAGAAAACUUUCAAAAGGCACUGAUGCUAAAUCAAAAUCACGUUCAGACAAUACAACUUGGGGGAAUGAUGCUUUAUCAUCAUGGUAGCCUGAAUGAAGCUCUGAAAAACUUUAAGAGGUGUCUGCAACUAGAACCAUAUAAUGAAGUGUGCCAGUAUAUGAAAGGUCUUAGUCAUGUUGCUAUGGGGCAAUUUUAUGAAGGAAUAAAAGCUCAAACUAAAGUUAUGUUAAAUGAUCCUUUGCCUGGUCAGAAAGCUAGUACAGAGUACCUGAAAGUGAAAUACCUCAGAGAAUAUUCCCGCUAUCUGCAUGCCCACCUUGAUACCCCACUUACAGAAUAUAAUAUAGAUAUGGAUCUUCCUGGGAAGUUUAAAGAUCAUUGGGCCAAAAAUCUUCCUUUUCUCAUAGAAGACUAUGAAGAGCAGCCAGGACUACAACCACAUAUAAAGGAUGCGCUACUUCAGAAAUUUGAAAACUAUAAACCCGAAAUGCAAGAGAUGAUAUGUGUUGCUGAUCAGUUGGGUUCCCUAAUGCAAUAUGAGACCCCUGGAUUUCUUCCAAACAAGAGAGUGCAUAGAGCAAUGGGGCUAGCUGUGAUAGAAGUAAUGCAAGCUGUACAGAGAACGUGGGUGAACUCGAAAGUACGAAUUAAUGGAAAAACCAGGCUGAUGCAGUGGAGAGAUAUGUUUGACAUUGCUGUGAAAUGGCGAAGGAUAGCUGACCCAGACCAGCCUGUACUAUGGUUAGACCAAAUGCCAGCUCGAAGUCUUAGCAGAGGCUUUAAUAAUCACAUCAAUCUAAUCAGGGGACAAGUUAUUAACAUAAGAUAUCUGGAAUAUUUUGAAAAGAUGCUUCAUUUUAUCAAAGACAGGAUCCUUGUUUAUCAUAGUGUUAAUAACCACAAAGAACUAGUAGACGUUCGAGAAGCUCUGGAGCAAGUGCAAAAAGUAGAAGACCUUCUCCCAAUAAUGAAGGUAGUAAACGGCUAAACAAGAGAUGGAUUCACGGUCAACACCAAAGUCCCAAGCCUCAAAGAUCCAGGAAAAGAAUAUGAUGGAUUUACUAUCACCAUAACAGGAGAUAAGAUUGGGAACAUACUAUUUUCAGUUGAAACGCAGACAACAGAAGAAAGAACACAACUGUAUCAUGCAGAAAUAGAUGCUCUUUAUAAAGACUUAACCACCAAGGGAAAACUACUUGUUUCAUCUGCAGAAUCUGGGGAGUCGGAUGCUGUGUGCAGUCUCAUCCUGUCUCUCGUAUAUUAUUUCUAUAACUUAAUGCCUCUGUCCAGAGGGUCCAGUGUGGUGGCUUAUUCAAUAGUCAUGGGAGCCCUGAUGGCAAGUGGAAAAGAAGUAUCAGGAAAAAUUCCAAAAGGAAAGCUGAUUGAUUUUGAAGCUAUGACAGCAGCUGGAUCAGAGGCCUUCAGUAAAGUGGCAAAAGAUUGGCUGAAUCUGAAAAGCAUUUCGCCUUCUUACAAGAGUCUUCCACUGGUAUCAGAAUACUUUCCAACAUUAAGAACCAUGAUCGAAGCAUUAAGUACAGAUUCAGCUCAUUGCCUGAAAAAGCUUUAGUUGCUGUGUAACUUACCUCAAUAAAGAGCAGUGACCACUUUU